AUAAAACGAUGGGAAGCCCUAUUCUUUGGUGGAGCAGCUUAUCUGUCAGACUGGUGUCUGUCUGCUUGCUAUGUGCGGCAGUUGGAAAGCAAUGUCAGAUCCGAAACGAAAUGGCUGACUGCAGUCACCUAAAGCUGACUCAAAUUCCUUCUGAUCUCCCAGACAAUAUAACGGGUUUGGACAUUUCUCAUAAUCAGCUAAGACAGCUAGGUCCUGCAAAUCUGACCAAGUACAGCCAGCUGGUUUACUUGAACGCAGGCUACAACAGCAUCUCUAAACUGCAACCAGAAUUAUGCCAAAACGUGCCCCUGUUGCAGAUUCUGAAGUUAGAACACAAUGAAUUGUAUAAGCUCCCUGACAGAGUCUUUGCUUCCUGCACCAACCUGACUGAGCUCGAUCUAGGAUACAACAGAAUAGAUAUAAAAAAUGAUCCUUUCAAAACUCUGGAGAACUUGAAUGUUUUGGACCUAUCUCAUAAUUUUUUGAAGUCAGCAAACUUAGGAUUGCAGCAACAGUUGAAGAACCUUCAUGAGCUCAUCUUGGAUAGCAAUCAAAUUACUGAGUUAAAAAAGGAAGACUUCAGUUUUCUUAGCAACACCUCACUGAAAAGUCUUGAUUUGUCAUCAAAUCCACUGAAAGAGUUUCACAUAGGAUGUUUACAUGCAAUUGGAAAUCUGUUUGGCCUCACACUGAACAAUGUUGAGCUUGGUGAAAAUCACACAAAGAAACUUUGUAUGGAGUUAUCAAACACAGCAAUUCAAAACCUCUCACUGAGCCUUGUGAAGCUUUCAUACAUUGGCAAGUCAACUUUCCAGGGACUGCAAGGAACAAAUCUUACAGUUUUAAACCUUUCUCAAAAUUCUCUGUCUGUGAUAGAAGAUGAUUCAUUUCAGUGGCUUUCAAGUUUACAAUACUUAAACCUGAAGCAUAAUAACAUUCAUGUAUCUUCACGUUUAUUUUAUGGGUUAUCCAGCCUCAAACAUCUGAAUCUGGUAAAUUCACUUACUGGGAAAAUUGAAGAUUUUUCCUUUCAUUGGUUAUACCACCUGGAGUACCUUAUAAUGGAUAAUAACAAUUUCCUAGGAAUUACUGCUAAUACAUUCACAGGUCUGCACAACCUGAAAUACCUGAGUCUCUGUAACUGCAACAUAAACUUACAAAGAAUAACUGACAAAACAUUUUCAUCACUUGCUAAUUCCAGUUUGCAGGUUCUGAACCUCACAAAAACAAGGAUCUCUACAAUAGAAAGCGGGGCAUUUUCCUCCUUGGGACACCUGAAAAUUCUCGAUCUUGGUCUCAAUGAAAUUAGCCAAGAGCUCACAGGUCAUGAGUUUAAAGGUCUCAAUAAUAUACACGAUAUUUAUCUUUCCUAUAAUAAAAACUUGGCUUUGCGAAGUGAAUCAUUCGUUUUUGUCCCAAGCCUUAGAAAACUGAUGCUGAGGAAGGUAGGUUGCAGUAAUCUGGCACUUUCUCCUUCGCCUUUUCAUCCUCUACAAAAUCUGACUGUCCUGGACAUCAGCAAUAACAACAUAGCAAACAUAAAAGAAGACUUGUUUGAUGGACUUCACAAACUUGACAUUCUGGAUUUGCAGCACAAUAAUUUAGCCCGACUUUGGAAACAUGCAAAUCCAGGUGGCCCUGUUCUUUUUUUAAAAGAUCUUCCCAACUUGCAUAUUCUUAAUUUAAAAUCAAAUGGGCUUGAUGAGAUUCCAGUUCAGGCUUUCAAGGGUCUGCUUCAAUUAAAAAACUUGGAUUUAGGAUCAAAUAAUUUGAAUUUGCUUCCAGCAACUCUGUUUGAUGACCAAGCCUCUCUGCAUUCAUUGAACCUUCAGAAAAAUCUGAUAACCUCAGUUGAAGAAAAAGUGUUUGGCCCAGCUUUCAAGAGCUUGAGAAUACUAGAGAUGGAUUCCAAUCCAUUUGAUUGCACCUGUGAAAGCAUUGCUUGGUUUGCUGAUUGGCUUAAUGUGACGCAAGUAUAUAUACCUGGAUUGAGGUCCCAGUAUGUUUGUAACACCCCACCUAAAUAUCAUGGUAGUCUGGUGUUGCAUUUCGAUAGCUCAGCCUGCAAAGACAGUGCUCCAUUUAAACUUCUGUUUGUGAUCACUACCACUACUGUGAUGCUAGUAAUUUUUAUUGUUCUUAUCAUCCAUUUUGAAGGGUGGAGAAUAGCUUUCUACUGGAAUAUUUCAGUAAAUCGAAUACUUGGUUUUAAAGAACUUGACAGACAACAGGAAGAGUUUUAUUAUGAUGCCUAUGUUAUUCAUGCAAGACAGGACAAGAAUUGGGUGUCUAAGAAUUUCAUCUCUCUGGAAAAAAAUAACCACUUUCAAAUUAGGUUUUGUUUAGAAGAACGGGACUUUGAAGCGGGCAUAUCUGAAUUUGAAGCCACAAUUAACAGUAUAAAAAUGAGCAGGAAGAUUAUUUUUGUUGUGACUGAACACCUCUUACAGGAUCCCUGGUGCAAAAAUUUUAAGGUGUAUCAUGCUCUUCAGCAAGCUAUUGAACAAAGUCGGGACUCCAUCAUAUUGAUCUUUCUUCAUGAUAUCCAAGAUUACAAGUUGUAUCAUGCACUUCACCUGAGAAGAGGAAUGUUCAAAUCUCGCUGCAUCUUGAACUGGCCAGCCCAGAAAGAACGAGUCAGUGCAUUUCAUCAGCAAUUAGUGAUGGCACUUAAAUCGAAUAGUAAAGCGCACUGAAUUUUGAAAGUACAGAUUUGAAUUAUGGGGUCAUUUUAUUGCA